AGGACACCUCCUUCACUGAAUGCACCGCAAACACAAAUGUCACGAGAAACAGAAAAAAAACAGAAAAGUUACCUCAAAAGUCUUCCCUAUUUGAUCCAUUGGAAAAUAUUGAUGUCUGCUAUGAUAAAGGCUAUUUGAAUUAUGUAUUUCUAUUGGAUGGUAACACAUACCAGUAUUUGAAUGGACGUGAGUCUAAAGUUAUGUUCAUUAUGAGGGGCUUGUCUGGGUCAGGAAAAUCUACGAUUGUUAAAUUAUUGGAAUCUUCCUUCAAGGAUGUUGCUGUGUGCUCUGCUGAUAAUUAUUUCUACUCUCAAGAUGGUUCAUACAAUUGGAACGAACAAUUAUUGACUGCUGCUCAUGAUGACUGUCAGAAUAAAGCCAAACAGGCAUGCCAAGACAAGGUUUCAGUUGUCGUCAUUGACAACACCAAUGUAAGAAAAUGGGAAGUAAAUUUCUAUGUCAAUUUAGCAAAUGUCAGUGGCUAUGUUGUAGUUAUGGUCAUGCCAAAAACACCUUGGAGAAUGAACCCGAUAGAGCUGGCCAAAAGAAAUAAACACGGAAUGGCAGUAGAUGUUCUCAAGAAAAAGGUUCAGAUGUUUGAUGAUAUUAUUCCAGCUUACUACGCAUGGUUUUUAAAUGAAAGAAAAUCAGAAAUCCUUUUGAAGAUAGUCACUAAAAUAUAUGAGGAAUGCCUGGUCAAACUUCCAGGGCUCAGGGAAAGCUUAUUGAAAGAAUUGAAUAUCAAGUCUGAACACAUUUCCAAAGGUAAUAAUCAAUUAUAUGUUUAAUGUAUUUCAUUAUUUAAUGAUUGUUGAAUGUUUAUAAUUUAAUAUACUAAAAUCUUCAUGUAAGAUUCACUAUUUAAGAAUAAUUUUUUUUGCCUCCAGUUAUCUGCUCUAUCAGAAAAAGUAGUUAUGUAUUUGCUGCCUCUGAAUAAGAUUUUUUUGUUUAUUAAGUAGUUUCUUUUUUAACUUCAUGUAUUGCAUUCACAUACUAAAAUAAUGCUAACCAUGAUAUCCAUCAAACCAUCCUGCCAUUAAUACAGAAACAAACAUUUUUCAGUGUUCAAAAUAAGAAACACAUUUAUUUUUGUUAGUAAAUUUUUUAACUAAAGGAGAUGCCAUUUUUUUAAAAUCUAAUUUUUUUUUUAUUGUGUUUGAAUUUUGUAGACUGUAUUGUGUUUGAAUUUUGUAGACUGUAUGAAUGUUUGGCUCUAGCGGUGGGCAGCAUGCAUGCGGGCUUUAAACUAAUAUUAUACAUAUAUAUUUUUUUAUUUAAAAAAAAAUGAAAUUCCCUAUUUUUUAUUUCAGAAAUGGCAGGACGCAUUUUGUCAUCAUAUUUUUCUCAAGAAGGUAAAAAGAGUCCACUUCUGCAUUGCACUGCCAAGUUCUGUGGUCGGGGCAAGGCGGUCAAAUCUCUUGACUAUCACAAGAGACCCGAUGUUCAAAAUUCUUGUGGGCAAGUAUUUGAUUUAACCAUCACGGGAAUCGUGAUAACAAAUAAAACCAUGAGUGUAAGGGUCAGCCUUAACCCCCAAGCAAGCACUUUGUUUCAGCGGCCGGAAGAAGAAGAAUGGGGGAAAACAAAUUCAAGUUCCAAUGACUUUUUGGAAAAAA